AGAGGAGCGACUUUCGAGUUCCCGCCUUGGUAUUCAGGCACCAAGGCGAUAAGGCAGAAAUACAUGUGACGAGGGCUGCUGACUUUGCCAGUCCCGCGCUAGGCCCAACUUGGAUGUGUCGUCAUUCCCCGCGGUCAUUUUACAUUGAUGCAGUUCAGUGCGAAAAGGCCAACGCAUUGAGGAUCCGGGCGUGCACGGUAUUAAUUAUAUCCAGCUGCUAUUUUUAAUCAAUUAAUUAGUUGCGAUUCCUUCCGAAUGUCCUCGCGUGCGGUGCGCAAGCUGCAGAAGCUGCGCGAACAAGAGUUGCAGCGAGCGGAGCAACAGGAGGAUAACUCAAGUGACGAUGAGCCGGUGACUCAGCCAUCGAAACCUAAACUUAAUGCUUUCGAUCUGCUGAAUGCCGGUGACGAUGAAGAUGAAGAUGGCCAGGACGAGAAUCAGGAGCAGGAUGACAACGGUGUUGAAGAGCCAGUAACUCAGCCAUCGGAACCCACCCCCGCCGCAAAACCUGUCGAAUCGGGCAAGAAAAAGAAAAACAACAAGAAGAAGAAGAAGGCAGCGGCCAAGACUACUGAUUCGGAAGGGCCUGAACCGGUCAAGUCAAAGAAUGCCAACUUGGACGAGAUUGAUAAAGCUCUGAAGGACCUGGCCGUUGACAACAAGCGGCCUUCUCAAGGUGAUGGCGCGACUGCGGGUGAUGUCCGCGACCCCUCGUUCCCAAAGACUCCGGAGGAAUUACUUUCUAUUGAACCGAGAGCGCUCAAUGCUAUGAAUGAGAUGCGUAAAUUAUUCGGAAACGUCGUGCUGGAAAACUUUGAUGAACCUCAAGAUGCCGGAGCAGGUCGCAGGAGAGAUCGAAAUCGAGAAAUGGUCGAUCUUGGCCGGGCUCUCACUGGGAGAUACAGCCCUGCUAGUAGAGGUCAGAGCCUUGCGGGAGUCACGCUCCGGCGAAAUUUCCUCAUGCAAGGCAAGGAUGAAUGGCCUCGCGCCCCCAGUGGCGGUCUGGGCAUGGAGCUUGUCGAGAAGCUUCCUACCGGCGGUGCUACCUACCGAAUUCUUCAUAACACUGCGUAUCAAGAUGUACAGAGACAGUUCGAUCUUUGCGUCGAGUCAAUGGAUCCGCAAAGGCUGAUUCAUCUCCUACAAUACAACCCCUACCACAUAUCUACCCUCCUCCAAGUGUCCGAGAUAGCGAAGCAUCAGAGCGAUCAUGCUGUUUCUGCCGACCUUCUCGAGCGAGCACUCUUCAAUAUCGGACGCUCGGCCCAUUCCUCAUUCAGCAACCGCCUCAAGGAAGGCCAGUCCAAACUCGACUUUGUUCAUUUUGAGAACCGUGAGCUCUGGCUCGUUGGUUGGAGAUAUAUUGCCAAUUUGGGCAUGAAAGGAACGUGGAGGACGGCAUAUGAGUGGGCUAAAUUACUGCUAAGUCUCAAUGCAGACGAUCCCUACUGCAUCCGACUCGUGAUCGAUCACCUCGCCCUGCGGGGUAGAGAAUAUUCUCAUUUCGUUGAGCUAUGUACGCAGACGCGACUGAGCAAGGAGUGGGCACAAUUUCCCAAUAUCCAAUGCUCGCUUGCUUUGGCAUAUCUUAGAUUGAACAAGCCGAAAGAAUGCCGAGAGAAAUUGGGCAUCGCCAUGUCGCGAUACCCAUGGGUAUUUUGCAAACUUGCGCAAGAGUUGGAUAUUCAGCCGAUGCCUAAGCGAAUCUGGGGCAAGAUGCCGCCAACUGGCUCGCAUGAACUACUCACUGAACUCUACGUUGCGCGUGCAAAGGACCUUUGGAAUACCCCUGAGGCUAUCUCACUGAUAAUGGAGGUUUCUGAUACUCUCCCAGAGGAGGAGGAGCCUAUUGAACCUCCAGAAAUCACUCUAGAUAUCGCACGCCAUGUGGUUAUCUCGGACAUUCCGCGCGUAACAACUCACCUUCCCAAUCGUUUCGUCUCUGGGCGCAUUUCGGCGUCUGACCCUCUGCCUCCUUACGAGUCCGAAGCUUUCCGUCAGCAGUCGGACCCAACGCCAUCAUACUUGUCGCAGGUUCCAGAGGGUGGGCGGCCGCAGUGGCUCCGCGACCUCUUGGACCAACUCCACAAUGGUGCUCUCCCAUUCCCACGAUUCCAGCAGGGCGGUAAUGAAGAAGUUCGGGAGGAUGAUGUUCCAUCGGAUAUUGAAGUCGACAGGGAACGCCCGACUGAGAAUGCAGUUCCGUCGGCGGAGCAGCAGGCGUUGCUCGAGCAGUGGCUCUUGGGACAGGGCAUGCAAUCCCUGGAGGACUUCCUUCGCCAAUAUGGCGUGGAUCGUGGAAACUGGGGAGACGUGACGGAUUACACACCGCUGUCGGACUAUCUGGAUGCACUAGACAACGUACAUCCAGAAUCUGCUCGGCAGAGGUUGCUGGAUGGGCCGAUCAGAGAGGCCAUGGGCGAUAUUGUCGUCGACAUGUUGGAGGAUGAGCUUCAAAUGCCGGUCGAUGAUGAUGGUUUUUAAAAUUCUUGUAGCGGCUAUAAAUAUCAAUGUAGAAUAGACAAAAGCAAGAGAAAAUAUUGAUAUUGACGAUACCC